GUCAGUCGUCGUUCAGCCUUCGGUGAGGGCGUACGCUUUUCCUCCGUUCGCCCACUCACUCGCUCGCUCGCUCACUGGUGCCACAACUUCUGGAUUUUCUCGGUGUCUUUCCACCAGAUGGAAUUUAACUGGACUCCAGCUAUGGCUUGUGACUAACAUGUUGGUUCAAAGUGCUGAACGUAAGAAAAGCCCGUUCGAGUGAUCUUUUGUGAUUGAGGCGGAAUCUCCAAGUUGUGACAUUGUUUUUUUGAAGGGCAAAUAUGCUGCGGGAAUGAAUGGCUGUAGAGGCGAAUACCAAGUGACAACUCACAAGAGGAACAGAUCGAUUUCUCCUUUACGGAAAAUCGCGAGGAGCUGUCUACAGGGAGAUCACCUCGAAUGCUACAGCCAUCGGGGGUGGUAGACGACUUCGCUUUCACUAAAGACUCGAGUGUCAUUAUGUCAACAGACUGUGAAACAGUUCCCUCACAGUCCCACGCUACGAAGUCCAUGGUAUCUGAUCCACCGAUAAAUAAUUCACCAAUGCCAACAGAACAUCACUCUACCUCAGGAAUCAGUUAUGAAGGAAGAGUUUCUGUUAUUCCACCACUUGCUGGAUACGAAGCUACAAUGCGUGCUGCCAUGGAACUAGAUCGCAACCAUUCUCAGAACCCGCAGAUGACAAUGGACGCCGCUAGGGUUCACAAUGAGCAGCACUUCAGUCCCUUGCAGAUGCAAGAGUUUCGCAGAAUGUAUGAACAUCGAGUGAGGAUGCAUGAGGCAAGUCAGGUUUUUGCCCACAGAGAAGAAUUUAGACAACCUUAUGCUCAACCUCAUGAACCUUACACCUCUCAAGAUGUUCUUAAAAAUACUUCUCCUCUUCCAGAAAAUAUGCCAAAUAGUCAAGCUGAAAACUGUAAAUCCCCCAAAACCAAUGAAAAUUUAAUAUCUAAAGAUCCAGAGAACAACUACUCAAAUCCAUCAUCAAAUGUCUCAAUAAAAGAAGAGCCUAUUCAUCCAGAGGAACGGCAACCACUUUCCCCAGGAAACAAUGAAUGUGGACAAGAAAAUCAUUCGCAGUAUGACACAGAAUCAGUACUUCGCUAUGCUCAUUCUGAGAACCCAGGUGAACCCACUAGAUCACCGAUUGACAAGGCAGGAGAAUCACCUGAUUUACCAACAGACUCUGCACGAAUUCAACCAAACUCAGAAACAGAGCAACCAGACUCCUUCCACAAAUAUGACUCUUCUAAGCACAAUGACAAUAUUGAGCAAAUGUCUCCUUAUGAAGGGAGCUAUCAUGGCAGUGAUGAUCAUAUGCCAUCUAGUGUUGAACCUGAUAUCUGUGAUCCCACUGACUCAUCAUCUGUACCUCCAGAUAACGAAAUGGACCCUCUAUCUCAGCUACAACAUGCCCUGGAAUUAUCAAAUGUAAUGUCUGGAAAGGAUGAUGACGGCAAUGACAAGCCUCAGGUUUACCAGUGUCAUGUAUGUUCAUAUUCUGGUACAUCAAGAUUUCACUUUAAUGCUCAUCUGAACACUCAUUAUGACCACAAAUGUGCAAAAUGUGAAUUUGUUGCUCAUACAGAGCCAAAGCUGAGAGAGCACAUGCAAGAUGAACAUGGCCUAAGUCCUGAUUCUACUGAAGACCUAGAGGCUAUUCGAGUACCAAGAGUUAAUGCACAAGGAAAAGUGAAAACUUUCAAAUGUAAACAAUGUGAUUAUGUGGCCAUAACAAAAGGCGACUUUUGGGAGCAUGCACGUUCACACAUUAAAAGUGAAAAACUUUUAACCUGCCCAAAGUGCCCUUUUGUAACAGAGUAUAAACAUCAUUUGGAAUAUCACUUGAGGAAUCACUAUGGCUCUAAACCAUUCAAGUGUAAUAAGUGUAACUAUUCUUGUGUUAAUAAAUCAAUGUUGAAUUCACAUAUGAAAUCCCAUAGUAAUAUUUACCAAUAUCGUUGUUCUGACUGCAACUAUGCUACAAAAUACUGUCAUUCUCUCAAACUUCACCUGCGGAAAUACGGUCACAACCCUGCUAUGGUUUUAAAUCCAGAUGGUUCUCCAAAUCCCAUUCCUAUCAUUGAUGUUUAUGGUACAAGAAGAGGGCCCAAACUUAAAAAGGAUGAACAUGGAAUGCCUAUUUUACCACCACACUACCAAAUUCAAGCAGAACUCUUAAAAGCACAGAUGCAUAUGACAGGCUCAUUACCUGUAGCUGCUACCUCACCCCAAGAUGUUCCCAAGUCUCUCUCUCAACAAAACAUACCAGCUGUUUCUAACACACCUACAACACCGAAUGGCACACCUCACUCUCCAUUCCAUUAUCCAUACCCAAGUAUGGUUGGUAAUAUACAAAGUUCUUCUCCUAUACUUUCACGAGCUCUUGAAAAGUCUCCAGAGGAAACUAGAAAUUUUGAAGGACGAGAGCAGCUAAGGGAACUCUUAAUUGAAAGAGAGCGCCUAGCACGCAGCAAACUUCCUUUGCCAGCAAAUGGACUGCUAAAAUGUUCAUUUUGUGAGUUUUCUACUGACCACAGGGAAGUACUUUCUCAACACAUGAUGCUUCAUGCAUCCUCUGAACCAAGAGAUGGAGUUGAAAAUGAGGAUAUCCACCGCAAGUCCCCUCAAAAUAUCAAGAGUUCCGGAACUCCAGAUGCCCACCCACGGCCUCCUUCACAGACACCUAUUUUUCCCCAUCAACUCCCACACAAUGUCAGCAGUGAUGUUCCAUAUUCACCCCUAGCUGCAGCACACAACUUGAAAGAAUAUUUAGCAAGAGCUAUGAAUCCUUUUCUUUCCUACCAACAGAUGAUGGGUAACACAAUUCACCCUGCUUUUGGCUUGCAGCAACUCAACAAUCUCACACAAUCAGCAUUUCACCCUCCUUUCCCAAAAGUUGAAGGAGAGCCUUCACAAAUUUCUCCUCAGCCUUCCAUUCACCAAACUCGUUCCCCAGAAAAUGAAGGAGUUUUAGAUCUAAGCAAGGAGCAAACUCCACCACAGCAAAUUGCAGAGACUAGUAAGGAGCCACCUCCCCCUCGAACAAAAGCCGAGACUCGAGUAGCUUUCUCUCCACACCAUUCAUCCCCACAGUCUCUGUCACCAGCCCGCUCGGAAACCUCAACACCACCAUCGAAAAAUCGUCGAAAAGGUCGUGCUUUCAAGCUGGAACGCAUAGCCAUGAGGCUUAGUGAAAGUGCUGAGGGAGAAAGCAGUGGUCAUGAUGAUGAUGGUCGUCGUGAUGAUGAAGACAGGCAAAUGACACCCGAAAAUCGUAUGCCUCCUCUGAUGCCUCUUGACCAAUUUGAGUCACAAGAGGAAGGCUCAGAGGAAUGGCAAAGUGCAUAUAACUGUAAUUUCUGUGAUAUGGCAUUCAAGGACGUUGUGAUGUACACAAUGCAUAUGGGAUAUCACGGUUAUCAGAACCCAUUCACAUGCAACAUGUGUGGUCACCAGGCUGCUGACAAAGUGGCCUUCUUUCUUCAUAUCGCUCGUUCCUCACAUUCUUGAGUCAUCGUGAAAUGAACUGCCAUUCUGUUACUAGAAAAUGCGUGAGCUAGUGAUCUCAUUGGGAAUGUUGUGAUCUCGAUGGCUGGUGCUGAGCUGGAGCCCAGAGGAAUGGGGGACAUGUGAAAGCAGUUGUACAGUUUGUAAAGGCUACUAUCUAAUGCCUGUCCCUCUCCAUAUUUACAGCUCUGUUUUGGGUGCUUAAAAAAUGGUCAUGGCCACAGAAAUGGCAUUAACCAUAAGCUCUAGUCAGCUUCUUAAUUUUGUACAUAGAAAGAGUAUAUUCAGUGAAUUAAAUUUCCUUGAUAACUAUUAAUAAUGACAAGUUUUCAUGGUAUUUUAGUUUUUUAACAUAAAUUAUUGAUUUUAUAAUCAAGCCACCGAUAAACUUUACAUUACAAACUUUAUAUUUAUUUAAACUUAUGUACUAAAAAAAUCUCAGUAUUAGUUUGGAUAUAUGCGGGUAUUAGUUUGUAGUGACCUAAGUUACAAUACUCGACAACUUUUAUUGUUAUUUUACUAUUUAGUUACCUUCUGCUUUGUUGAGAAGGAAAACUAAAAUGGUUCUAGACUUAUUUGAGAACAAAGGUCAGCUACAAUGGAUUAUCUACUUACAGAUAGUCAUGUAAAUUGUUUAGUACACAUAAUUAUUGCAAUCUUCAGAUUUCAAAAGAAUUUUGUGGCAUAUUUACAUUGACAAAUGUGCCAAGCAUACCAGUUGAAGAUGGUAAUGUCAUCAUAAGAAUAUAAAUAAUGAACAAAAUGCAGAGACGUUCCUUCAUUGUAACUCUGUACUCAGGGAUAAGGUGAGUGAGAUGAAGAGUUCACUGUAUUUGAUACAUGUGAUGGCUCAGUGUAAGAAAAUCUGACGAAAUGAAUGAAAUUUUUAUGAUUUUCUGUUCCAACGACAUAUUGGAAAAUUUUAAAGAGUAUAUGUCUUUUAACACUGCACAAUACGAAUGUUAGCAGUCUAUUUUCCUCAGCAGCAGCCAUUACAUAUACUAUAUGUAAAACAAACAACUGUCUCCAGACAGGAGUCCCUAUACUUUUCGGUGCCCUAUAGCACGCCAGUACUACUUUUUUCCCUUUUGGUACUAGUAGAUGAUGUAUGUAUGUUAGUAUUAUAUAUGUAAAGUUCAUUUUAUGUGGGAAUCCUGCUGCUGCAACGUUAGACAUCACAGCCUCAUAUCAUACAGUUUAGAAUCUUAAGUGUUGUAGAAUAGCUUUGUCAAAUAGGGUAUCUUGCCAUGUUCCUACACAUCAGACGAACCAGGAGAUGAUGCAACUCCUUUUAGUACUGUCAUUGAAGAGGCUGUGGCUGUGUGUGUUUUGUCUGUGGUCCUGUAGGGAGUUUGCCUUGUGUUCAGGUACAAUGUCCAUAUCAAAUAAAAAUAUCACUGUUCAA